CUAUGCGUCGCACUGGCUAUGAAUUACAAUAAUCUAACGUUAGCAAAUAAUAUGACUGUAACUAUUAUCGAUAAACAACACCCUGACUGGAAAAUCAAACGUUGCAUCAAAAUAGCAGCUGUCUCUAAGAAUCCAGAGGUUAUAAGUUUGGGUUUCAUUGCCUUCCAAAUCACCCACGUUGAAGAACCAGAUCAAAUUCAUAGAUGUAUGUCACUUCUUACACACUCUACCCAACUUAGAAUUUUGCUUAAACAU